GUUCACGCAGUGAGGGAGAGCAGACUCAUAAACGCAGUGGAUCAUAUGCCGACACAUCACUCCACGUUUUUACAUUGAUACACACUAGGAUAUAGUAGAACAAAGCAAUCAUCUGCAAUUCAUCUUAAUUCUGAACGUCGAUGUGCUGCUUUUCGUACUAUACUUUACAUACAAAAUGAGAAAGAUCCUAAUGAUUUUUGCAGUCAUUUUGCAUUAGAUUAAGCAGUUCUCAACAAAUCAGAAAUCCUAAAUUCAUACGGACAUAUACGAUUAAUUUUGCCACACAUCAGUUGUCAUAAACAUCUUGGGAAUGGAUGUGAACGCUGAGGACACUGCUGCUCCUGGUGCAGUGGAGGAAGAACAGCAACAGCAACAAUCAGAGCAAGAGACCAGUCAGCAACCAGAUACAGAGUCACACCUCACCGCCAACACCUCACAGCCAGUCAAGACCGAGCAACAAGAUCCACCCCCCACCACAACACCCGGAGACCCCGCCCCCUCUCAGGAUGCCCCACCCAGAGAUCACCUGACAGUCAUCCACGAGAACAUGGAAACAAGUAAUGGUGUUUGCCCUGGUCCUAUUGUAAGAUCUCCGAUCGCUGUUUCUCCUCCUCGUCAGCUGCAUGCCAAGCCCAACCUUGCACACGCAAACGGACGAGCCAGGCUGAGCAGCCGCUCCGGGUCAUUGAGUCACGCGGGGUCACCUCGACCCUCACUCACCAGACAGCCCAGCGCAGCCACUGAUGUCGGAGACGGCUCCAAACCCAACGAUUAUCUCGUAUGGGCGAUUCUGGCCUGCCUCUGCCCUGUCUGGCCCAUUAACAUCGUGGGCUUGACCUUCUCGGUCAUGUCUCGAAACAGUCUGCAGCAGGGCAAUGUGGACGGUGCACGUCGUCUUGGCCAGAAUGCAAAAAUCCUGUCCAUCGUGUCAUUGGUGGGUGGGAUAGUCAUCAUUGUUAUUACUAUCGUCAUCAACUGGGGUGUAAUCCUUAAGACCUGAUGGCCGUCACGUAAAAUUCACAGCCAACAACCAAUCCAUGAAGACCAUUUUCUUCUUCCAUGUGUCAUUCAUCUCUCUACAUCUGAAUGCUCCUGAAUGCUUUCUCAGUUGUUUUGACUCUGAAGCUGAAUGUAACAUUUAUCUUCUAUCGCUCCAGAACGAUAAAAACAACAUGGACUCUUCAGCUCUCCGAAUGCCUGGAAUCACAGUCGAAGCGGCAAGGCGUGAAUGUUUGUUUGUUUCAUUUUUUCAGGAAAAAACUCAUGGUUUGAGAUGAUGUCACCAAGGAGACCACACAUAUGAUCUCAUUUCAUUAUUCAUGCACCCCUUGAGGAUGUGAGGGAGGACAAGAAUGAGAGGGAAUUGGAGGGGAUUUGGUUCUCGACAAAGAUUAGAAGUAUUUUUAAUGCACAAGCUGAUUUUAGCAUCCCUGUUCAAAAGUAUGAAUCCAUGAAGAAAGCUCAGAUUAAAAUGUAAUCGAUUAUAUAAAACAGCAGAUGGCUUCCGAGUUGGCAUCCAUCCACAGAUGAGUCCAGUUACCUUAAGAGCUGCUCUAGACACACUUUCAUCUAGGCUUUCUUUUUUCCUCUGAUGAAAAGAUGAGCUGCACCCAGCGUUUAAACAUAGGCUCUUCGUUUUGGAUCAGACAUGAUGAUUUUGUCUCAAAGGAUUGAAAUGAUGUGGAAAAAACAGUACAGGAGCCUCUCUUUAUCACUCACGAUGUACAGAUAUUAAGAUGAGUUCAUCACACAUAAACAAGAAGAAUCCUACAGAUAGAGAAGGAGGGAGAGGUGAGGAGAAAGUGGGAGGGAUCGAGACCUAGCCGCAGUCUUUUGUUUCACACAGAUGGAGGGAUGGAGAGAGAAGGAUACGGGAGGAGAGGAGGGGGGCAGAUGAAAAGAUACCCCAGAGAUUUAGGGAAUGCAGUAGUGUGGAGAGGGAUCAGAGCUGCCUCUGAUUGGCUGCUUGCGUGUGUGUGUGAGUGUGAGAAGCCAAUAUCGUAACGCUCACCAACAUGCUCUCCCCUCUUCCUCACAGCUAUGCUCGGCCGGAUCCUUCAAGGCAAACAGAAAGCAGACCAUUCAUUUAGUAUUGUGUUUUAGCAGUAUGAAGCAAAUCGAUGAUACAAACAGUCAUGUUUUCAUACCGUAAUGUUUACUGUAGAAUCAGACUGGAGCGCUAGGACGUUUCGACCAUGGCAAAUCAUUUUACACUGCUACAAACUGUUUGUUUGGUGGAAUGAUUUGUGUUGCUCAACAGAAUGAUACCUGAAUCCUUCCAGGUCAGGCCACACCGAUUGUGCCAAAAUUUGAGACUCCAGCUCUGGAGGGCAUGUUUGUGACUGAAACAGGAAAUGAGAGCGUGGAUGCAUUUUUAAGAUGGCAUGCACUUGGUAUUAAAAUUCUGUCCCAUACUGAUAAGUCAUUUAUUGUUUUCUUGUUAUCUCUGACCGCCGACAAAUAGCUGAUAUUAAAAAUGUAUACUAUUUUGUCUAUAAAAAGAAUAAAACACUAAAAAUAUAAUUUAAUAUCAACCAAACAGUAUCCAAUAUUGCCAGACGGAUAGAUUUACAUGCUACAGACUGAUAAUUAAACAUAAAAAAGAAAAGGAAAUGAGCAAGCACAAUUAUAUAUCCAAUAUCAACAACAACAAAAAAUGUUUUAUUUGCUUGACCGAUAUACUUUAUUCCAAUCAACUGAUACAUGUAUGUAAAACUACAGAAAUAUCACUCAAAUAAAUAAAUUGAUAAAUUGAUGUGUAAAAAUAGAGGAAAUUACUGUAGCAUGCACAAUUAAAUGGCCAAAUAUCCAGAUUUAUGUUGAUGCCAAACUAAGUUUAACAGGUCAGGAUCUUAUUGUAAUCUUAUCCCUACAUGCAGAGUUCUUUUAUAGAUAAAAUUACAAUUCCCUCAUUUCCAUGGCUUCAGGUCUCCUGCAUGCAGAAUAUGACUCAUUGUUUUUUUGAUGUUUACAGCUUUUUGUUGGCGAUGGGGGCAUUCGUUAUCUCUCUGAAAUCGAGUAUUCUUAUUUUUUUACAAGGCAAAACCUUUGCUGUGUAGCACUUUGUAAAUGUUCUGUAUCUAGUGCAACAUAUUCAGUACCACAAACAGUAUGAAUGUGGAUAAGCAUGCUGACUCAGGUUGGGUGCUGAUGACAGGGUGAAAGGCCCACAUUUUUGGGCCUUACUUUGGCUUUGGCUUGCAUGAACGGAUGGGGCUACAAUCGUCUUUUUGAUACAUUUCAGUUUGCGACUGCUCUACAUCCCCACCACUCAAAUAUAAAUGAGCGUAGCAUGCACAUUAAAUCCAACCAUGUGCAGUCAGUGAAUGCCAGCUUGACUUUUUUUCUCCUGAAUUGUUCUGCUUGGCUAUAUUUAUAUUUAACCUGCCAACAAAUUCAUGCUUGUAUAUACAUAUGUAUUUAUAUUUGUGGCCUGUACAUAUUUGUACCGCUUCCAUUCAUGUCUGCUAAUCUGAAUCUCUUCGAUGGACAUGAAUCGUGUUCGUAAUGCAAAUCUUGACUGUUAACACUGCAGUGCUUUCACACAUUUUCUCACUCUUGAGUAUUUUUAUUGGUAUGUAAUUUGAAAUCGGCUGUCUUAGCGUAUAUUUAGUCUGCGGCCGUUUGUUUUGUAUGCCGUUUGUGCUUUGCUGAAAUGUUGACCUUCCAAGCACGAAUACAGCUCGCCUUUGCUGCACAGAGCAAUUCUAUCAAGAAAUGUUUCAAAGACGCCAGUCGAGUCAAUUCUGUGGGUCACAAGUUCUACCUGCUGUUCAACGUAUCUAUGUAUUGAUGUGAAGGAAAAUAAUAAUGUUUUUGUGUUUAUUAAACAUUCCCUUGCAAAUUCAACUAUAUUUUGGUGAAAGCACCUGUGCUAGUCAAGACUUGACUCUGUGACAUGAAAUGAUUUGAGAGGCAUUAUGAUAACUCUUGUUGCUAAUAUAAUCCUGAUUCCAUGCAGAUCUGCCUGUGCAUGCCUUAAUGAAUUGCUAUGGAACAAUAUGUGAUAGAUCUUGAGGUAUUGAUCCUCCUUCUGCUCUGUACCGACACUGAUUAUGCAUCCUUGAGUCCAGUGAAUAAACUGUCUCUCAUUAAUUAUGCCA